CUUUGAUUGAACCUUUGAGAUUGAGUUAAGUUCUCCUCCUACAGCUUACCCCCUAGUGCGUCGAAAGCCAUAGCGUCGCGAAUACUUCAUCAAUCGACCAGGCCGGAGGGAUGGUCACCUCCAGGCAUGAAGCCGCCCAGUGGUGAACGCGCACAAGGUGGCGCUGUGCAAGGCUCAGGUGCACAAGGUGAAGGUGCACAAGGUAAUGCCUAUCCUGGUUUGUUUCUUAUGGUUGAGGAUGUGCAUGGGCAUGAGGGUGAUGUGGGAUCUGUGGGAAAGGUUGUGAUGCACCCUCUCACGCACUGGGUGAUUGAUUCGGGUUGCACCAGUCACAUGACCCCACGGGCAGAUUUGCUUGAUGAGGUAAAACCCCCUGGGAAGAUCAAGUAUGUGGCAGCAGCGUCAGGUGCUUUGCUCCCUGUCAUUGGUGUUGGGAAUGCCAAGGUUAAGGGAGCUAAUGGGGAGCUUGUGGGGCUUGGGAAUGUUCUGCUGGUUGAAGGCUUGUCUGCUAACCUUCUCUCUGUGCGGCGACUGCAGAAGAGCAAGGCCGAAGUGACCUUUGGACCAACCAGCUGCCGUGCUAAGCUUGGGAAGAAGGUGCUGUGGAAUGAGGUGCAGCAGCCUUCAAGACAGGUGGAGGUUGCAGUGUCAGAGGAGGAGAUGUCUGGGGUGACUGAGGAAGGGGGAGCAGCUGAAGUAGAGCAGCAGCAGCAGCAGCAGCAGCAUGAGUCUCCACCUCGAGUUCCACACCCGCCUGAGCGUCCUAGGAGGGAUGUGCGCCCUCCAAUGCUCUUGAGUUGCUAUACUGACGCUAGCUUCAACUCAGUGAAAGCGGAUGGCACCAGCAUUGGGGGUUAUGUGUGCUUGCUGGGAGGUGGUGCUGUGAGCUGGCGCAGCAAGAAGCAAAAUGAGGUGGGAUUGUCCUCAUGUGAGACUGAGUACAUGGCCUUACACCAUGGGGCCAAGGAAGUGGUAUGGCUGAGGCGUUUGUUGGAGGAGUUGGGAGUUGGUCAGGAGGAGCCGACAGUUGUGUUCUGUGACAAUGAGUCUGCAGUGAAGCUGGCCAAGAAUGCUUGUCUGCAUGGGCUGACAAAACACAUAAGGCCUAAGUGGCAUUGGGUGAGGAGACUCCUUGAUAAGGAGGUGCGGCUGGAGAUCGUGAAAACCCAUCAGCAGGCAGCAGAUAUUUUCACUAAGCGUCUGGCGGAGGCGGAUCAUUGGAAAGGCAUGAAGCUUGCUGGAAUGAGUGUGCAUUGAGUAUGCAUGCUUGAGAUGUUGGUAUGGUGGUUGAUGGUUGGCAGCCAGAGGGGGAGAUUGUUGUGUGAUGUCAUCAUAUGCUAUCACAUUCUGUCUGCCUCCCAUCCCAUAUUUUCAACUUGCAUGUGUGGUUUGAACGUGUGAAAGAAUUUGUGUGUGGUGUGUUCUGGAGUUUGGGAAUGUGUUUUUGUGCUAUUCUGUCUGAGCAGGUAUUUGUGAUGAUAGAUCUUGAGAAGAUCUUUCCGACGCAACAAGAAUCGCUUCAAUCGGAGCAAGAACGCGAAAGCUAUGAAGAUUCAAAGUUCUUGAGCUUGCGUUACAAUUGCGGCGGUUACAAAGUGAAGUUGUGGGGUGACUCACAAUGGAGUUGGGACCUUUGGGGUUGGGGAAAUUUGUCACUCUACUGUAACAGCUGCAAAUAGGUUGGGAACAACCAAGCUAGGUUGGCAAGGGUGGCCAACUUGGAUGGAUUGGUUGGGAAGGGACAAAGGUCAAAGUUGAGGUUCCUAUAGGGAGGGAAUCUUUGUGCUUAUGGGGUUUCCUUGGUUGGGGACUCUCUUGGGACCUUCCCUCUCAUCCAUCUCUUCCUAUCCCAACCUUUCUCUUGCUCCUUCUAAUUCCUUGUGAGAUUCUUGAAUUUUGAUUGAACUCUUGAGAUUGAGUUAAGUUCUCCUCCUACAGCUUACCCCCUAGUGCGUCGAAAGCCAUAGCGUCGCGAAUACUUCAUCAAUCAACAUGAUUCAAAUUGGGAACGGUAGCUGAGAUUAGGAGCUACAACAUAUCGAAGUUUCGCGACAUCCCAACGGCUGGUUUUUUGUCGACGUCGUUUCUUGUGAAGACGACUUUUCUGUCCAGAAUUUCGGAUUU